AUGUCAAACUUGUCGAGGGUGUUGGAGAGGCAACAGAAACAAAGGGAAGAAAUCCGGCGUAGACGUGCUCAAGAAGAUUGGGACGCCGAUGAAGAAAAGGAACAAUUGCUUGCAGCAGCGGUGUGUAUGAUGGAUCAAUCAAGGCAACAUCGUCGUCGUCGUGCCCCGAAUCGUGACGCCAGCUCUGACAUCACCAAACUCGGGCUUCAGCCCGGGCAAAACUUGCCCUUGGGCUUCCUCGGGCUCGUGGGACCCACCAUGAAACCGGGCUACGGGCUGGGCGCUGGAGCCAUCUCGGGCUCUCUCUGGCAGCCUUUUACCCAGUUUGGGUUGGACACUGAAGGUGCUCUUAGAAAGCGAUCAAACUGCAUCCACACCAAUUAA